UUCCAGAGAUGGUCUCUUCUUCCCAGGACACCAAGAUCUCAUUUUCAGCUUCUGCCAGAGCCAAUAGCAGUUGGGAAAGAAGACUGUGCUCUUUGAAAAGUGUCAGCCAGCCUUACAAAGCAGGAUGGAUCUUGACGUGGUGAACAUGUUUGUGAUUGCGGGUGGGACGCUGGCCAUCCCCAUCCUGGCAUUUGUAGCCUCAUUUCUCCUGUGGCCUUCAGCACUGAUAAGAAUCUAUUAUUGGUACUGGCGGAGGACGUUGGGCAUGCAGGUCCGCUAUGUUCACCAUGAAGACUAUCAGUUCUGUUAUUCCUUCCGGGGCAGACCUGGGCACAAACCCUCCAUUCUCAUGCUCCAUGGAUUCUCUGCGCACAAGGAUAUGUGGCUUAGUGUGGUCAAGUUUCUUCCAAAGAACCUGCACUUGGUGUGCGUGGACAUGCCAGGACAUGAGGGUACCACCCGCUCCUCCCUGGAUGACCUGUCCAUAGAAGGGCAAGUGAAGAGGAUACACCAGUUUGUAGAAUGCCUCAAGCUGAACAAAAAACCCUUCCACUUGGUAGGCACCUCCAUGGGUGGCCACGUAGCUGGAGUGUAUGCUGCUUACUACCCAUCAGAUGUUUGCAGCCUCUGUCUUGUGUGUCCCGCUGGCCUGCAGUACUCAACUGAUAAUCAGUUUGUACAACGGCUCAAGGAACUGCAGGACUCUGCCACUGUAGAGAAAAUUCCUUUGAUCCCAUCCACCCCAGAAGAGAUGAGUGAAAUGCUCCAGCUCUGCUCCUAUGUCCGCUUCAAGGUGCCCCAGCAGAUCCUGCAAGGGCUUGUCGAUGUCCGCAUCCCUCAUAACAACUUCUACCGAAAGUUGUUUUUGGAAAUCGUCAGUGAGAAGUCCAGAUAUUCUCUUCAUCAGAACAUGGACAAGAUCAAGGUCCCAACGCAGAUCAUCUGGGGGAAACAAGACCAGGUGCUCGAUGUGUCUGGGGCGGACAUGUUGGCCAAGUCCAUUGCUGACUGCCAGGUAGAGCUUCUGGAAAACUGUGGGCACUCGGUGGUGAUGGAGAGACCCAGGAAGACUGCUAAGCUCAUUGUCGACUUUUUAGCUUCUGUGCACAACACAGACAACAACAAGAAGCUGGACUGAGUCCCGACUGCAGCUUGCAUUCUGCACACCGCAUCCACUCCCAUACCCCGAAUCUGACGCGGCCACCACUCUCAGGAAUUCUGCCCCAAAUGCAGUUGGAGCGCCAGCGUCCCUGAGGAAGCCAGUCCCCUAUCCCUGAUAUCCACGGUUCCACAGCACUUCAGGGACCACAAGAAAAUCUCCAAGAUCUUUUCCACAAAAUGGAAAUGCAUAUGGAACAAAAUAAGAACUCAACCAUGAAAUCUACCAAGAAAGUCUUCAAGUUCAUGUGGCUGACAAGCUUUUGCAGAGCGGCCUUUUUAGGCCAUAAUCAUCGAAGACAUUUUCUUUAAGACA